CCAGAUGGCAGACUGGGACACCAUUAUGUGGGGGAAGAGCGCGGAGACGGCACAUCACAAUGAAGGCUAAUUGCACUAAAAGACGCAGCAGGAAGGAACGGAGUCGACUGGCUGAGCUAACGAGGUCUGGUGGACACGAUGACCAGAAGGAGCUCAGGAAAGCUCACGUGAAUACGGAGAAGGACUUGGCGGAGGUGUGGCCAAACAAGUGGGGGUUCCUCAGUGAGGUCUACAAGGAGUAUGAAAGGGAGAGCAACAACCUGAAGAAAGCAGCCAGCGCAGAACCUCCCAAACGACCUUUGACCCCUCCAGAAAAGGUAGGGCCCUCCCCACCAGUGCCGCGGACCAGUCAGGCUGUGAUUGGUUGGCGCUCUGCCCAUUCUCACCUGUGUCUGGAAAGGUCGGCCAUGGUGCAUCAUGGGAGACGCAGUUUUCUCAAAGAGCUGGGCUGGCCUCAUCAAGCUUGAGACAUGUCACUGAUACCAGAGCUCUGUUUGCUGUAAUAUGCAAUCACGCCACAGCCUAGCUGAGCAGCAUGUGUGUCUGUCUGAGCCUCCCCACCUUUACAAAUGUAGGGGCAACCUCUAAUGCAUAUGAGAAAAUAUUCAAUGAAAUGUCUACAUUAAUUGAUCAGGGAAAUUAAGUGGCUGAACUAUCUUUUUUUGGACACAAACCAGCCAUCAUCUAUUGUUUGUCUUUUUUAAAAAGGCAAUAAUUUAGGUGAUGAUUUCUGAUAAACGCUCCAGCACCCCCCGUGACCCUCGUGAGGAAAAAGCGGUAGAAAAUGAAUGAAUGAAUGAAUAAUAACAGGGGAAAACAAGACAGUGGCAUGAACAUGAUUAUAUCUUGCAAAAAGGGGUAGGCAUUCAUAAGCUUUUGCUUCAGCCUACUCCUUUUGGGCUUGGGAUCAGAUAGUUGAAUAUAAAUGUAAAUAAUGGAAAGUUAUAUUUUGAUUGAUGUAAGAAAUGCACUGUAAUGUUUCAUAUAUUUGCCCAAAUAAAAUAAAAUAAAAAAAAAUUCAUUCAUUUUUUCACAAUUGUUGCAAUUUAACUGUUUGCUCGCAAACUCUGCGACACGUGGGUUAGCAUGUUCGCUAACAGUCAAGUUUUUAGUAGGAUUAACUCUUUCAAACUUCAAACGUUAUUAUAUUUUGUUUCGGGAUUUUUUUUUGCUGCUAUUACAUCACUUUUGUCAAACAUAAUACAAAUAUUCAAACAGAUACAUACAUUUUGAAAAACCUGUCUUGUCAGUGUGUUUGAGGACAUGCCGUUGGCGGAUGGCCUUGAAACUCUAAGCCUCUUCUCAAAUACAAACUUGUUUUGUUUGGCACUUCAUUGAAAAUGAUUCUGAAUUA